CAUGACCGUGAUCCUUCCAUUUUCUUUAUUUUUCUUCUUUCCAAUUUAAUGAUUUAUAAUUCCAGUAUAUGUAACUCAUAAAACAAAUUAGUAGAAUAAAUAGAAAAUCAGCUUUUAGUGCCACUGAUUCUGACACUUCCUCGUUUUCUAUCUACAGCUCAUUUGAAAAUCAGCUCUUCUGUCCCAGUCAAUGGGUAGACUAAAUGACUCUGUGAUUUCUGAGUUUGUGUUGCUGGGACUCUCCAGUUCUUGGGAAACUAAAGUUUUUCUCACAUUGAUAUUUUCCUUUCUCUAUUUAGGGAUCAUCCUGGGACACCUUUUCAUUUUGUUUUUGGUGAUUCUUAAUUCUCACUUACAUUCCCCUAUGUACUUCCUGCUGGCCAACCUGUCCCUCAUUGAUAUGGGACUUUCCUCUACCACAGUCCCCAAGAUGAUCACAGACCUUUUAAAUGAAUACAAAGUAAUUUCUUUUCAAGGCUGUAUGACACAGACAUGCUUCAUCCACAUUUUAGGAGGAACAGAGUUGUUGUUACUCAUAGCCAUGGCGUUUGACAGAUACACAGCGAUAUGUAAACCUCUUCACUACUUGACCAUCAUGAGCCCUAAUGUAUGUGUUUCAAUUGUAGUCAUUGGCUGGGUAACUGGAGUUAUCCAUGCUAUGUCUCAGUUUUCGUUUGUUAUUAACUUGCCCUUUUGUGGCCCUAAUAAAAUAGACAGCUUUUAUUGUGACUUUCCCAGGAUCAUAAAACUUGCAUGCACAGAUGGGUACAAAUUUGAGUUUGUUAAUACUGCCAACAGUGGGUUCCUGAGCUUGGGCACCUUCUUCCUGCUAAUCCUUUCCUAUGCCUUCAUUUUGGUCUCUGUCUGGAAACGUUCCUCAGGUGAUUUAUCCAAGGUUUUUGUCACAUUGUCAGCUCACAUCACUGUGGUUGUUCUUUUUUUCACUCCAUGCAUAUUUCUCUAUGUGUGGCCUUUCCCCACAUCAUCACUUGAUAAAUAUCUGUUCAUUGUUGACUUCGCUAUCACCCCUAUCUUGAAUCCUGCCAUCUAUACAUUAAGAAACAAAGACAUGAAGAAAGCAAUAAAAAGAUUGUACAAACAGCAAUAUUAUCUCAGCUUUUGCUGACCACAUCAUUCUUUGAAGCUCUGAAACUAUACAUCCACCUGCCCGUUAAGACAUCUCCACUUAAACAUCCCACAUCUAACAUGGCCAUAACUGAAUGUAUCAUCUAUUUCCUUAAACUCAUUUCUACUACUUCUGUAGAGCAUUUACUCAUUACCUUUACCACUGUGCGAAUAUGAAUCCAUCAUGAUAAGGGUUAUUUUAGCAGACAACAGCAGUGUCUCCUAAAUAAGACAUUAUGAUUAAAAUUGUGGUUAUUUUGACAGUAAGAAAGGAUAUAAUGGCAUCCCUUCUGCUUCCCAUAAGGUCUUCAAAUAUACUACAAACUUGCUUUGGUGAAUGUCAUGAAUCAUCACAUUGAAUAGUUAUAGAUGUAGACCUAGUAGAUUUACUUAAUUACUCAGGUUAAGUUCUCUCAGAAGAAGACCCAAGGACAAAAUUUUAUUGCAGGUACUUUAUUUGGAAACUGACUUUGGAAAGCUUCAGUAAGGGAGUGGGGAAGUGAGAGAGACAAAGGAAGGAUGCUUAUGUUGAUACAUAUAACUGAGAUGCAAGCUCACUGUGAUCUUCUAUGAGACUCUAUAGAUUGUGAUUUAAAAUUGUCCCAAUUGAAGGACAAGGAAGCUGGAGUAUUUCUUCAUUUUUAGAUGGCAAAUUUACUCCUUGGCAUGUCAAGCCUGUCCCAAAAAGAACCCUGUACAAUUAGGAAGCAAGAAACAAGUUAUCAGGUAGACUUUUAGGUGGUGGCAGUAGAGAAGUAGAGAGUAGAAUUCUGUAAAAUUAGGAAGCAAGAGACAAGUUAUCAGGUAGACUUUUAGGUGCUGGCAGUAGAGAAGUAGAGAGUAGAAUUCUGUAAAAUUAGGAAGCAAGAGACAAGUUAUCAGGUAGACUUUUAGGUGCUGGCAGUAGAGAAGCAUCUCCUUAUUUGGAAGUAAUAAAUGCUGAGGUAUAUUCUACUUUUAAAGUCAUUUAGACCCCAUAUAAUUUCACUUUAUCCUGUCACAGGUUCCUUAAAGCAGUGACUGUUCAUUAUUUCAUAAAAGAAAGAUUUAGAACAGAAGGUGGUAGGACAAGCUACAACAGCACUGUUGCUCCUAACUGAUAUUCAUCAUGUCUUCCUCCUCUACUACCCAUUCUAAAUUCCCCUCAUCCUCUGUCAGUAGUUCUGGUCUAGAAUCCUUGCCAGUGAGGAGAUACAGUUUAACUAUGAGCAGGAAGAGUCCCUGACUAAAAUGCUAUUGCCAGUCUAUUGUUGCCACGAUUGCCCUUUUAUAGUUGUCAUCAAUCAUGGAACCACUAAGCAGAGCCUCAGUGGGUGCCUAGUUUUAGAUAACUCUUCACUACAUCAUCCAUUAUGAAACAAUAAUCCUGUUUCUUCAUGGUAAAGAGGGAUAAUAAUAAGGUAACUUUUCUUCUGCCUGAUGGUCUUUCAACAUGAGGAACCCAAAUGAUGGGAAAGAAAAAUUUUAGGUUUAUUGGAACUCAUACUAAUCACCCACAAGAAGCAUUCUUGCCACUCCAGUAGAACCUGAAGUUUGAGGAACAUAAAAAAAAAAAAUCUCAGAAGGUCACUUUGAUUCACAGUGAGAGGUAUGUUAUUUUUAUUCCUUAACUUCCAGACCCACGUAUUUUAUCUAUAGGAGACGUUGCCAUUAGUUGCCAUCAAGUAGAUUUCAAUUCAUGGUGACCCCAUGUGUAUAGGAUAAAACUGCGCCAUAGGGUUUUCAAGUCUGUCACCUUUCAAAAGAAGCAUAUCUCCAGGCCUGUGUUCUGAGUAGCCUCUGGGUGAGUUCAAUUGCCGACAUUUCAGCUAGUAGUCAAGCACUUAACCAUUUGUGAUGCCACCCAGGGACGCCAUAUAUGGGAGUCCCAUGUAAAGGCCACUCAUUCGAAGUAUAUACCUUGAAGCACAGACCCCCAAUUCGGCAGCGUGUCUUCUUGAAGAUAGGGCCUCAGCUGCAACUUUAAAAAAAGCUAUCCAGUUUUCUAUCAGAUUGACAGCUCCCAGUUGUUGCCAUAUAUGGUAACAUCAGCAGGCUUCAUAGGUAUGUGUGCUUUUGUGCACUUUCUUUGCUAUAAAGUGGAUUCCCUUUGCCCAAGGAAAUAUUAUGCAGGAUUUCAUGUUGUAGUCAGUUUAUGAGCCCUUGGAUAGUGGUGCCAGCCAAAGUACUUAAAGAAGGGAAGAGAAACCAUUCUCAGAAUAUAUGUAUGAAUUCCAGAAGAGCAAAUCCCUAUCUAUUCCAAUUUAGAAGGAUUCAAUGUAAGUAACUAUGCUUAAGUAAUUAUGUCAGUCCUCAAAAAAUGGUAUCAUUUCAAGGGUCCACUUGUGCUGUUGACAGUUCAAACAUUCUACAAGGACAGUAGAUAGAAAAGCCCAUUCUAGAAGAAUCUCAUUAUGUAGAUCUCACGCAUAG